AUGGCCACUGUAUCAGACCCCGAGAAGAACCCUUCCGAGUCAAAGACUCAAGGUGAUAUCUUUGAUGGCUCUGCAACCCCCUUCGUCAAUGCCGACAAGCUGGCCCGUCGCCUGUCUGCCCGCCAGGUGCAGAUGAUUGCCAUUGGCGGCACGAUCGGUACUGGCUUGUUCCUGGGUACUGGCAGCUCUCUCGCAAAGGGCGGACCGGCCUCAACUCUCAUUGCCUACGCUAUCUGCGGUGGAAUCGUCUUCAUCACCAUGCUCUGCCUCGGCGAGAUGGCCGCGUUUAUCCCCGUUGCUGGGUCGUUUUGCACAUAUGCGGGGCGGUUUGUUGAUGAUGCACUGGGUUUUGCGCUUACUUGGAAUUAUUGGUUUAAUGAUGCUGUGUCUACGGCUUCGGAUAUUAUUGCGCUUCAGCUUCUUUUGGAGUUUUGGACGGAAAAUUUCCCUGGUUGGGCGAUUAGUCUGAUCUUUUUGGUUGUGGUCAUUGCGCUUAAUGUUCUUUCGGUCCGAGUUUAUGGCGAGGUUGAAUACUGGCUGAGUUUACUCAAAGUCAUCACUAUUGUGAUCUUCAUUAUCCUCGGUAUUGCUGUCAACUGCGGCGGCAACGUUAACCAUGAAUAUAUCGGCGGCAAGUAUUGGCAUACCGGAGAUGCCCCCUUCGUUGGUGGUAUCGGUGGAUUCGCCUCUGUCUUUGUUACAGCCUCAUUUGCUUAUGGCGGCACUGAGUCCAUCGCCAUCACCGCCGGAGAGACGAAGGACCCGGCCAAGACCAUGCCCAAGGUCGUCCGUAACGUCUUCUGGCGUAUCUUGCUUUUCUACCUUCUUUCUAUCUUGAUCGUCGGUCUGAAUGUGCCAUACAACUACCCAGGCCUCUCCGAUCGUAACACCAAGACCAGCCCGUUCACCAUUGUCUUUCAGCAGGCCGGCAGUACCGUUGCUGGUAGCUUCAUCAACGCGGUAAUCAUGACUUCCGUCAUCUCCGCCGCGAACCAUGCUCUCUUCGCUGGAUCCCGUUUGCUUUACACACUUGCCGUUGAUGGCUAUGCUCCUCGAUUCUUCGGUCAAUUGAACCGCUUCCAAGUGCCCUGGAUCGCCGUGCUGGCUACUUCCGUCAUCAGUGGACUCUGCUUCGGUGCUAGCUAUAUUGGAGCUGGCCAGCUGUGGACUUGGUUGCAAAAUAUUGUCGGUGUCUCUAACCAGCUAUCCUGGAUCUGUAUCUGUCUUGCUUCUCUCCGCUUCCGCAGUGCGAUUAAGGCACAAGGUAUCGAGCACCUCCUUCCAUUCAAGAACUGGACCUAUCCGUACGGACCUAUCUUUGCCGUCGGUCUGAACGUCGUUCUAGUCCUCGUUCAGGGAUGGAAGUGCUUCAGCCCGCACUUCAAGGGUGUCGACUUUGUCUCGUAUUAUAUCGAGAUUGCCGUUAUGGUUGUCAUGUUCCUGGGCUGGAAGCUGCUUAAGCGCACUCGGUUUGUGCGUACGUCUGAGAUGGAUCUUCGUACAGAUCGAUAUGAUGGCGGUGCGGAUGAUGGCCAUUAUCGCGAGGAAAUUGCAGUGGAGGAGAAGCGAAAGGGAUUCGUUGGCAAGCUCCAGCGGGCCGGUCAGUGGUUGUUCUUUUAG